AAAUAUCUCCAUCAGUGACUCCCAUAUUGUAUCACGAAAUAAACCCGCCAUAGUCUCCAUUUACUUUAUCGCCAACACUGCAUAAUCCAGAUAACGCCAGCCACCCGGAGAGCUAGAUGAUGUGCGAUUAGGUCGUCAAGUCGAUGUCCGCAGAACCAGUGAGCCGGAAUGGCCUGAAAUUGCAGAGCGCAGGGGCGCCAGAUAAAAGCAGUGCUUCGCCAAAACAGCAAAAUUACAAGGGCUUCCUCGCUGGCGUCUUCUCUGGGAUCACGAAGCUUGCAGUCGGCCACCCCUUCGAUACGAUCAAAGUCCGCCUCCAAACCUCGAAGUCAUCCCAGUUCAACGGGCCCCUACAAUGCCUCAUGCAAACGAUCCGCAACGAAGGCGUCGUGGGCCUCUAUAAGGGCGCCACGCCCCCAUUGAUAGGAUGGAUGUUCAUGGACAGCGUCAUGCUCGGCUCCCUCACAUUCUACCGGAAAUUCCUACACCAGAACGUGUUCACGCCUCCUCUUGCUGCCACACCCUCCUCCUUCGCGGCGCUCCCAAUCGGACAUGAACAGAAGCCCCAUAAGCUCCCCGUUAUCGGCCACGCUAUCGCCGGUGUCAUGGCUGGGUCAACUGUCAGCUUCAUCGCUGCGCCGGUGGAACAUAUCAAAGCGCGUCUACAAGUCCAGUACUCCUCUAAUAAGGCAGAGCGACUGUACAAAGGGCCCGUCGACGCGAUCCAGAAGAUCUACCGCUUCCACGGUGUCCCAGGUCUCUACCACGGUCUUACGGCCACAGUACUCUUCCGCAGCUUCUUCUUCUGCUGGUGGGGCAGCUACGAUAUCUUCACGAGAAAAUUGACCGAGAAUACGAGCCUGAGCACGCCAGCGAUUAAUUUCUGGGCCGGAGGGUUGAGCGCGCAGGUCUUUUGGUGCACGAGUUACCCAAGUGAUGUGGUGAAGCAGCGCGUAAUGACUGAUCCGCUGGGAGGCGGAUUGAAUGAUGGUGUGAGGAAGUUCCAUAACUGGAGGAGCGCGGCGGUGGCAGUUUAUAGAGAGAAUGGGUGGAGGGGCUACUGGAGGGGGUUCCUGCCGUGCUUUCUGCGCGCGUUCCCGGCGAAUGCGAUGGCGCUGGUGGCUUUUGAGGGGGUUAUGAGGGCUUUGAAUUGAAGGGUCCGUCUAUCUAGAUGAAUGGGGGACUUGGCGUCUGGAAUUUAGAGGGAAUAGAAAUUUUGCGGAUGCUCUGUCUAUAAAGUUUACCUCUAAUGUCCACUAUUUGAAGCUUACAUGCAAUGUUAAUAGUAUCGCCAGCCUCUGGGCACAUACC